AGGCUUCAACAAUGUGAACGACAUCUCAUCUACCAUGAACUCCAUCAACGCGCAACCUCUGCCCGUCCAAAACACCCAGUACCCUGCUGUCCCAUCCCUGCCGAAUGGCCCUGUCAAUGUCAACCCCGCUCCUAGCCAAGCGGCCUCUCAGUCCUCCCCGCAAUCGUCAGCGGCAUCGUCGCCGUCCGCGGCUCCCACCCCCGCCCCGGCCCCCACUGCAACCGUCCCUGCAUCCGUACCUAAGCGCAAGAAUACCCAGAAGACCGCUGCCAUGAGCGUAGAGGAGGCCGCGCGCAUUGCCGCCGAAGAGGACAAGCGUCGCCGUAACACUGCCGCCAGCGCCCGGUUCCGCGUGAAGAAGAAGAUGCGCGAGCAAGCACUCGAGAAGACCGUCAAGGAGACAACGGACAAGAACACCGCGCUGGAAGCCCGCGUGACCGCCCUCGAGUUGGAGAACCAAUGGCUCAAGAACCUCAUCACCGAGAAGAAUGGUCAAACCUCCGAGGAGGCCAAGAAGUCGGAGAACGACAUCGCCGCCAUGUUCAAGAAGUUCCUGGCUUCCCAGCAGCAGAAGGACAGCGAACGGAGUAGUUCCGAGUCCAAGAUCGGCGUCGGCACGAUCUAAUCGUCCUCUUGACUGGCUUUCUUGUCUUCUUGUCUAUUUGAGCUUUGUAGAUGAUGUUUAUGCAAACUCAGUGAUUCUCCCAUCUCUUUUUCUUUUUUUUAUAUCUCUUACUAUAUCUAAUGGUGUACAUGAGGAGAUGGCGUCACGGCGCAAAGGAAAGAUACCUACCCAGGAUCGUCGGUGGCACGAGUGAUGUUUAUGUCUGGAAGUACAAAAUCAGAUCCAAAGUACUGUCGCUCGCUCGCAGUUCCGGUCUCAAAAAGCAUGAUAAUGAAUGAACCUAUAUACAUUUUACCUUUUCCAUUGAACGGAGUAUCGAAUAUGCGUGCUUUGUUUGCUAAAUGUCGAAUAAAUCUGGAAUGGAUACUGG